GUUGCCUAAUAUUGUUCAUAUUUUGGGGGGACUAAUUUACUCGGUAAUGCAACAUUACUUCCUCAAAUCUCGCAUGAUUUCAUUGUCAGCAUGCCGAAAAUUUUUUUCGUCAGUUGCGCAUAUUAUACCUGGACUUCUACUGUUUUUGGAAGCUAAUUCAGAUUGCGAUCAAAUAUCCUUGACUUAUUUGUUUGUAAUUUUCUUUCUAAAUUCAGCAGCGGUCGCAUCAAUUUUACCAAAUUCUAUAGAUUUAACUCCCCCAAAAUCUUCAGCAACAUUUGCCAUUGUUAACACUUUAUCCUCUCUUGGUUUGGUAACGGUUCGGCAAUUCGUUCAACCGGAUUCAUUGGAUGAUUGGCGAGAAAUACUUGUUGUUGGCGGAAUUUUAUAUGUAUUAUCUGGCACCAUCUUCUUAUGGGUUGGAUCUGGUGAAGUAUUAAACUGGUGUAAACCUAAAAUACACUUUCGAUUACAGAAUAAACUAUGGCAUCGUAAAGUACGUCGUUUAACUUUACCAUUAUCGAAAGUAUUAUCGGAUAUUAUGGAAGAAACCGAAAGUAAAUUAAAAUUCUCACAAAGUCAUAUUGUCGAUAGUUCAUAA